AUGCUCACAGAACUCUUCGAGAGUCAAGAUCUCCAGCUCUCCGACAGGAAUAGAGUGCUUGCCAUCCUGGCAAUUCGUUCAAUUGUGUUGCAUAAUAGAAAUCCUAACGAACUCGAACUUGGAAAGUCCUUUCUAGCAGAAUCUUGCUUGAAAUACCUACACAGUUCUUCCAGAGAAUUACGAGUUGCUGCAGGACGAACACUGGCUGCUUUUCUUCGCGAGGGACUACCCACCGAGAUUCGCAACAACAACCGACAGGUUGCUUUGAAGUUUUUGAGGGCACUUUCGACGAAAGACAUUAUAGGUCAACACGAGACGUUGAUAUUGGCUUGGGGCAGAGUCGCAGUGGUAUGCGGGGAGAAAGAGCUCAAUCUGGCGUUGCUCAGAUUGGUUGACUACCUGGGUCAUCCAAAUUCUCUGAUAUGCUCUCUUGCAUACAGCGAGCUAGAGGAUAUUGCCGAAACACUGUCUUUCUCACCACAGACGCUCCUCAAACCAUUUUAUCGCAGUGUCGCUGUUGCCGUCAUCCAAGAUCUCACUACUAAACCCCAGAAGGCCCAGCAGCUUUCUGAAUUUCUAGGCAUGAGCGUCAGCCACUUCUUGCUGUUGACACAACGAGAUACUGUACCUUUUCUCGUCCUAACGAAGAAGAAGGAUAUUUUACAGCGUAUCGCUUCAGCUCGCAGUGCAGAAACCAGCAUACAAGACAUUUGUCUCCAACCGCCUGCUAAUCUUGCUGCUGUAAUCUCUACUUUGCUCUACCAAUCAUCUGGAGAUGUUGAAGGCAAUGCCACGAGGUGUCUGGCUGAGGUCGCUCCUGGCUUUCAGAGUAACGACUUAGGAAGUCUGGUCAGAUCAAAUCCUGUUCUAAUCGCUUGUGAGAUGCUCAAGACUGCAGGAGACGAAGAUGCUUCGAACGCAUCAAAGGCACAUCAAGCCAUCCAGAUCUUCGCUAUGCUGGUAGAGGGGAAACCAACUCAUUCAAAGCCUAACGCGAAAACUAAUCGUAUGAUUAUCAGUUUCUUUGAAGCGCAUAUUUUGGGCAUAAUGACCGAGUUCUCAAACUCGAUUGAUAACACUCUAUCGCUCUCUCCAUCAGAGAAGCUUCGUUGUGUAAAGGCAAUCGAACAAAUGAUCAUCUUAGCUAAGAGCAAGGUUAGCGUAGCUCUUCCUCAGAUAAGAGCGUGUCUACAGAGUGCCAUCGACCAGCCUCAACUUCAAGAAGCAGCACUUUCCGCUUGGCUCACUCUGGUCCAGGUUCUUGAGGGUGACGAUGUUGCUGACAUGGUUGAUCAUACAUUUGCCCUUGUGGCUCAACACUGGGACGGCCUCUCGUCAGUAUUGCAAAUGAAGAUCCACGACACCAUCAGCGGAAUGGUCAAGACUCAUAGCAAUGUGAUCAGAGAGAAGCUUAUGACCAUACCUUCGUUAGCCUCGAUCCCGUUGAUGUCCAAGAUUGGCCUGGAGAUUCAGAGAUUGAAGAAGGACGAGCGCCCGGAGGUUCAUCUUCGUGCAUUUGCCAAACGACUGCAUGACGAAAACGUCGCAAUCGUCACUCAAGGACUACGCGAGCUGGUUCCCUGGCUCGGCGAAAACCAGGGAUUUGUUCACGAAGCAGCUGUUAGCGAACAACCUAAAGCUACGAUAGCAAAUUUGAUGCGCGCUCUUCUGGACGUGUGCACCAGAUAUGCCGACCAUGACUCUACUGUCGUUGAUCUAAGUGCACAAUGCAUUGGUAUCAUUGGGUGUCUCGACCCGAACAAUGUUGAUAUGAGUAGCAGCAAGAGACAAGUGCUUGUGCUCUCCAACUUUGAGAAAGCCACUGAAGUUAUUAACUGGGUUGCCAUCAUGCUCGAAGACGUUCUGGUUCCAGCAUUUAGAUCCUCCACAAAUGCACGAGACCAAAGUUUCCUGGCUUAUGUCAUGCAGGAGUUGGUUCGAUUCUGUGGUUUCAACGAAGCAGCAACUGCACGUUUGCGGCCAUCACAAGCUGGUCCUGCGCACAACCGCUGGUCAGAGAUGACAGAAAGCGUCCGGAAUACGCUUACUCCGUUCUUGAGCUCAAGAUACCUGCUAAACAGCAGCUCAUCAGUCCAACCUAAGAAACGGAGCUACCCGGUCUUUGCCAUUGAAAAACGUCACAGCACAUGGCUUCGCGAAUGGGCCUACGAUAUGUUGUGGAGAGGCAAAGGUGACAACGCAGAGAUGGUAUUUCCCAUCCUGGCUCGCAUCAUCACCCGGCAUGAUAUCUCGAUUGCCAGCUUUCUGCUCCCUUAUGUGGCACUCAACAUCGUUCUCGGCGGUACUGUGCAGGAGGCCAAGGACAUUGGGGUCGAAAUGCUGACAGUCUUGUCGACCGAAUCGAUUGUUGAGUCCGAAAAGGAAGCGCUUCGACAAUGCAGUGAGAACGUCUUUGCCGUGCUGGACUACAUGUCGAAAUGGUUACAAGAGAAGAAACGAACGAUGGCUGCGUAUCGAACGGCAGCUUUGCGAGCUGGCCAUCCUCCUUCGGAACUGGAGGAGGUCAAGGAUGUCGGUCAGAUUGAAAGUGUUGAGAGUAUCAUAAGAUCAAUACCUGCGGACAUCAUUGCUCAACGUGCUAUGGAGUGUGGCUCAUAUGCUCGCGCUUUGUUUCAUUGGGAGAGCUACAUCCGGAGCGAGUCCCAGAGACAAACGAACCAAGACGCCAAAGAACACGACGCGAUGUUCCAACGAUUGCACUCGAUAUAUUCUCAGAUUGAUGAGCCCGAUGGCCUUGAUGGGAUAUCAGCGCAUCUCAACAUCCUAAGUCCGGAGCAACAAGCUUUCCAACAUCAAAGAACGGGAAGGUGGUCAGCUGCACAGAGUUGGUACGAAUUCGAGCUAGUCAAAGAGCCUUCGAACAUCAGCCGCCAAAUCGAUCUCCUGAGCUGUCUCAAGGAAUCUGGUCAAUACGAUCAAGUCUUGCGAUACGCAUCAUUCUACAAUGGAAACUCGAGUCAGGGCGGCAAGAAUACACUCCUGUCGUAUAUCACAGAGGCGUGCUGGACGACAGAGAGAUUUGACACUCUCAAGGAUGCUCUUUCCGAUCUUUCGGAAGAAAGCCAGACCGACUUCAAUGUGGGCGUUGCCAGAGUGCUUCUCGCUAUGCAAGAGAAGAAACAAGAUGCAGUGUCGGCCAUGGUCAACAACCUCCGCAACACCGUGGUCAAGGGCAUCACUUCUGUCUCUGCAAGCUCACUCCAGGCUUGCCAUGACGUUCUCCUGAAACUCCAUAUCGUUUAUGAGAUAGGUGCACUCAGUGGAGCAGUCCAUGUUCCCGUCGCUCAGGACCCAGCCGCGUCAUCCAUUCUUGCCGUCAUGGAUAAGAGAUUGGCCGUGGUCGGAUCAUACAUCUCUGACAAGCAGUACCUGCUUGGUAUUCGCCGUGCGGUCAUGCGGCUGUCGAGUGUUGACUUCUCGAAAGUUAGUAUUGGCAGCUCCUGGCUUACGACAGCUCGCCUUGCUAGAAAGACCAACGUUUCAACUGUCGCGCAUUACGCUGUACUCAAUGCGUUCAACUGCGGAGACGAUGCUGCCAAAAUAGAGCAUGCUAGACUGCUUUGGAAAGAUGAUCAGCACAGACAAGCUAUUCGAAGUCUUGAAGGUGCCAUUGCGUCCAACACAUUCGCCACUCAUGACCAGAAGGCGAUUGACACCAGUAAUUCCGAUGAAGCACAGCAGAAGCAGAACAUGCUCUCUGCGAGGGCGCAUCUGCUGCUAGCUAAAUGGCUGGAUGCUUCUGGACAGACGCAGGCGACCAAAGUUGUAGUCAAGUAUCAAUAUGCCGCUAGGCAUUACUCGAGAUGGGAGAAGGGUCACUACUAUCUAGGAAAACACUACAACAUGCUUCUGGAUGCUUCUAAAACUCUUCCUGCUCACAAGCAGUCUGACCCGUUCGUCUCUGGAGAACUGACUAAGCUGGUCAUCGAAAACUACUUGCGAUCCGUACCAUUCGGCUCGAAAUACUGGUACCAAACAAUCCCAAAGAUCAUCACGCUCUGGCUGGAUCUAGGUAUGGAUUGUAUACAGAAGACCCGAAAUGACGCACAAAGCGAAGUGAUGGUCAAACGUUCUUCCUGGCUCGAUGCAAUCCACAAGCAGAUGAAAAAGUACUUCGACAGAAUACCUCCGUACAUUUUCUACAACGCUCUACCUCAGAUGAUCUCACGUAUCACUCACCCAAACACCAAGGUUUACGAAGUUUUGUCAACAAUCAUCCAAAAGAUUGUUACGGCCCAUCCCAGCCAAGCACUUUGGUUCGUGCUAGCGGUUUGCAAGGCCUCCGCACCAGACAGAGCAAGUCGUGGCGUGGCCAUCAUCAACAAGCUGAAAGACCCGAAGAACAGACCCAAGAAUGAAUCAGCCGGUCUUGACUUGCGCGUGAUGAUAACGCAUGGUCAAAAACUCUCGGAUGGUCUGCUACAAGCUUGUGAAAUUCACAUCGAAACACGUUCGGCGAACGUCAGUCUAUCCAAGGAUUUAAACUUCAAUCACAAGUUGGCGCCUAACCCUCUUGUCAUACCCUUGGAGUCUACCCUGACAGCCAAUGCUCCAGUCGUACAGGAUGCAUUCCAUAUUCGGAAGUUUGUGGCGUUCGCCCAGGAGCGUAUCACCAUACAAAGCUUCAGUGACGAAGUUUUGGUGCUCAACUCUCUUCAGCGACCACGAAAGUUGACAGUGAGAGGCUCGGAUGGCAAACAGUAUGGACUCCUGUGCAAGCCAAAGGAUGAUCUGAGAAAAGAUCAACGUCUGAUGGAGUUCAACACGAUGAUCAACAGAGCGCUGAAACGAGACACGGAGUCAAGCAAACGACGACUCUACAUCAAAACGUAUGGAGUGACGCCAUUGAGUGAGGAGUCCGGCACCAUCGAGUGGGUGGAGGGCAUCAAGCCUCUGCGCGAUAUUCUUCUCAAGCUGUACCAGCGAAAGGGUGUCCAGCCUAACUACAACGAAUUGCGAGUUUUUCUCGGCGAGGCGAGCGCUAAUCCGGCCAAUGUGGACAUCUUCACAGAAAAGGUGCUGAAGGUGUUCCCGUCGAUCCUUCAUGAGUGGUUCGCCGAGAUGUUCCCUGAGCCUGACUCUUGGUUCGCUGCUCGACUGAGAUACGCCCGCUCGGCAGCAGUCAUGUCAAUGGUAGGACAUGUACUCGGCCUUGGCGAUCGACACGGAGAGAACAUCUUGCUACAAGAAGAUACCGGUGGCGUGUUCCAUGUCGACUUCAACUGUCUGUUCGACAAGGGACUCACGUUCGAGAAACCAGAACUCGUUCCUUUCCGCUUGACACACAACAUGAUUGCGGCAAUGGGAGCUUAUGGCUACGAAGGACCUUUCCGCAAAUCAGCGGAAUUGACAUUGGGCUUGCUUCGUCAGCACCAGGAUACGUUGAUGAACAUCCUGGAGACAUUCUUGCACGAUCCCACUACCGAUUUUAUCGGCAAGAAGAAGAGGACUACGGUGGGAGUGCCAGAGACGCCGCAAGAAGUUUUGGAUUCAGUCAGCGGAAAGCUCAAGGGAUUCCUCAGGGGAGAGACUGUGCCGUUGAGUGUGGAGGGACAUGUCAAUGCAUUGAUUGGACAGGCUACGGAUCCGUGGAAUUUGUGUCAGAUGUACAUUGGAUGGUGUGCGUUCUUGUAG